AUGCCCCGAAUCUGCCGCAGGAGAGACGCUGAUCGUUUGUUUUGCCAGCAGAGAUUGACAGUUCCCUUUUCUCAACCAAACCUUCGUCGGAUAGGCUUGCUUUCCCAACCCUCUUGUUUGCGAAUACAAGGAGGGGCAGAUAAUCCUUCAAACAGCGAACUGCAGGCGGCGAAGGCGAAGCUGGAACAGGCACGUGCAAGCGGGGACGAGAAGCUGAUAUCAGCGUGGGAGGUGGAGGUGGCGAAGGCGAAGCUGGAACAGGCACGUGCAACCAGGGACAAGGAGCUGAUAUCAGCGGGGGAGGUGGAGGUGGCGAAGGCGAAGCUGGAACAGGCACGUGCAACCAGGGACAAGGAGCUGAUAUCAGCGGGGGAGGUGGAGGUGGCGAAGGCGAAGCUGGCAGAGGAGGUGGAGGUGGCGAAGGCGAAGCUGGAACAGGCACGUGCAACCAGGGACAAGGAGCUGAUAUCAGCGGGGGAGGUGGAGGUGGCGAAGGCGAAGCUGGAACAGGCACGUGCAAGCGGGGACAAGGAGCUGAUAUCAGCGGGGGAGGUGGAGGUGGCGAAGGCGAAGCUGGCAGAGGAGGUGGAGGUGGCGAAGGCGAAGCUGGAACAGGCACGUGCAACCAGGGACAAGGAGCUGAUAUCAGCGUGGGAGCUGGAGGUGGCGAAGGCGAAGCUGGAACAGGCACGUGCAAGCGGGGACGAGAAGCUGAUAUCAGCGGGGGAGGUGGAGGUGGCGAAGGCGAAGCUGGAACAGGCACGGGCAAGCGGGGACGAGAAGCUGAUAUCAGCGGGGGAGGUGGAGGUGGCGAAGGCGAAGCUGGAACAGGCACGGGCAACCAGGGACGAGGAGCUGAUAUCAGCGUGGGAGGUGGAGGUGGCGAAGGCGAAGCUGGCAGAGGAGGUGGAGGUGGCGAAGGCGAAGCUGGAACAGGCACGUGCAAGCGGGGACGAGGAGCUGAUAUUCCAGGCACAGAAAGAUUUGGACCACCAUAAUUCUGAACUUGCGAGCUAUCGUGCAUCGUUAGCUUUUCCUACGGACAACCAAGUGCUAAGCGCUUUGGUUUCGAAGCUUCGCCUUUCACGCCUUUCGCUGGAAGAUGCAGCUAAUGGCUUGAAGGAGUACCUCAAAAAUGUACUUGAACCAAGGAACAGUAAUUUCAGCUAUCUCAAUCCUAUCGACAGAGUAGUGGCAGCUGCAAGCAAUGACAAUGUUGUUACAGUUUCAUGUAUGAUCGAGGCAUGCUCGGGAAGCGGGAAAUCUCUGUGCGCUGCAGACUACUUUUCUCGACAUCCGACGACCUCGCUAUACUUCGUGUUCGAAUACGUCCACGAACAGGAAAUCUAUUCAAGAGUACAAGACCUGACGUGUAUCAUGAAUGCAGCUAUCGAUCUGGACCUUCAACAGUAUUUUCGCAGUAUCAAUGUCUUCAAGAUCGUGUCAGGUGAGUCGACGGAGAUCUCAUCGAUCAAGCUGGAGGACUACAGUUGGAACGUUCUUGGCACGCUCGGCUAUCUGUUUGGCAAGACCACAACGCCCGCCAAGGUAACAGUGCAGCAAGCAAGGACCUGGAUGUCGCAGCAGAAGUUGUGGGUUAUGGUUGAUGAAGCGAUUCCGAGGGAGAAGAAGAAAAGCAGCUUCGGUGUUGUUGGCGCAUUGGACAGACUUGAUUUCCUGAAAAGAAUUCUCCGUAAUGCGGGUUUUCAUUGCAUCAUGUUAGGAACUAACACUCUGGUGAUGAAUUUCAAUGAAGCUACGCGACAGACGUUGGACAGCCGAGGCAAGAACAAGCAGACCAUCAUCUGCGUCACCCAUCGAGCCCUCCCUCCGAUGAUGCUACGAUCAGCGAAGCAGAGAAUUCUUCUCAAGCGACUGUUUGGGGAGGGCAAGAUCUCAUUGUUGCUCGACAACGUGAACCCAUGGUUAUGCAAUGUUUUCUUGGAAGGAUUGAACGUCGAUAUAUCAGUGGAAGACCCUGCAACUUUAUUUCGUAACCUAGCUUAUCAUGUUCUGCAGCGUCUACGAUCCGACAAGAAGAAUCUCAACGACGCAUCCUUGUAUUCUAUGUUCCAGAUUGCAUCGCACGAAGCCAUGUCUCAGACACAAAUCUUACAAGGCUUCGGUCUCCUGAAUGCUUGGCCAGGAGGUGAAGUCCCUGCACGUGGUAGUCCACAGUCUAUCGUCGAAAUGAGCCAAACAAAUGAUGGCAAGCUUCUUCUGCACGGCCUUGACAUUCACCAUUUGACCUCCAAGUUUGCUUCUUCCUUGUUGGAUCCCAUCACUGUGGCAGUCAGCGCUGGUGGAGGAAAGCCCUUCAAGGAGAGAUCGUGUCUCGCGGUCUUGACGAGGAUUCAUGAAGAGGCUGCGAGACCUUCAAAUGACCCAACAGCGGUUGACGCGAUGCAAAGGGACGGGAACCUGCUGGAAUCGUUUGGGGGGGUUGUUGUGAUGUUGACAAGCUGGAGUCAUCCUGACGACAUUCUUUCAACUCUCAGCUUUCAUUGCGGAAGGGAGGUAAAGAGCAAGGUUAUGAACGUUCUUGAGAGGGUGCAGAAUCAAGAAGCUGCAGAGGGAUUUCGUCAAGUCUUGACUUCGUGCUUCUCGAACCUUGUUCCCCUUCGCAUUGGUGAAGAGCACGUAAAUGAAAGUACAGCGUACGGCUGCUACAUGCGUUGCAAAAAUAGUCAGAGACGGGACGGAAUCUUCUACAGUCCCGUCGGUCAGGAUGGAAGUAGAAAAUCGGGAGGUGCAGAGUUCAAGAACCGGAGACAGGCGGUUAGUGCAUCGCAGCUGAAAAAGAUUGUGAAGAAGUUAUCUAGGCAUGGGCACGACCUGCUGUUUUUCAUGGCACCAAAGCUGAGAAAGUUCGAGAGUGAGCGGAUUUUACCUCGUGGCGGGAAGGAGAGCUGGUUGCUGUUACACUGGAGGAAAAAUGAUGACGUACCUUGGCACACUUUCCACAGAGUGGUACAGGGAGCUCAGAGGUACAGAGUGUUGAUUCUGAUGGAGCUUGGACUUUCAACGAAUCCUUUUGGUCUGCGGACGAUGCACCAGGAUGCAUUAAAGGAUGAAGUUCGCUUAUCAAAAAGAAGGAGAGCAUCCAAGGGAUCAGACUCGCCCUCAUUGCGAACGGAGUGCAAGUCAGACAAGUCUGAGCGAGCCAGGGUGAACAGCAGACAAGGUGAGGCUUCGACUCGUACGAGGGACGGGUGUGACCUCCUUGCUUUGCACGGGGAGGAGGAGAGCCACUCCGAAGCAAAACAAGUGCCUGAAUCCGCAGAUGCUAUUGACCAAGGAUAG